GAGAGAGAGAGAGAGAGAGAGAGAGCUGGGUCUGAAGACAGAGCGCGCGCGGGGUUUAUGCUCAGAGCAGCGGCGGCGGCGGUGGCGGUGGGUGUCGUUGCUGUUGCGCGCGCGGACUCGGUGGAAGUGGACGAGCUCGUGCCUGCGCGCGCUUUAACGGCUCUACACUCUACACUACUGGAGUUUCUUUUUUUUUUAUGUGUGUUUUUUUUUUCCUCUGGGGACCAUAAAACGGAGACAGCGCGAGCGAGAAACCGCCAGGAACUUAAUCCUCCUUUAGAAAUAAUAAUAAUAAUAAUAAUAAUAAUAAUAAUAAUAAUAAAAGAAAAAGCGGAAGAGGUUUUCCAUCUGAACUUUUUUCUCUUCUGAUGUGAACUUUUUGUGUUUUUUUGAGUUUUUGUGUGUUUUUUUUUUUAAACCAAGAUCUCUCCAGAUCUCAGGACUGAAGCGCGUUUGGCACGAUGGAUAUCACACACACUCUCACACACACACUCCUGCUGCUGGUGUGCUGCUGCAGCUCCACAGCGCGAGCAGAGGCAGAAGGUGAGAAGUGUGGUGGGCACGUUGAUGCCACCGAUGCGGGUUAUAUCACUUCGCCCGGAUACCCUUUGGAGUACCCGCCGCACCAGAACUGCGAGUGGGUAAUCACAGCCCCGGAACCCACCCAGCGCAUCGUGCUGAACUUCAACCCCCAUUUUGAGCUGGAGAGGCUCGACUGCAGGUAUGACUUUAUUGAGAUUCGAGAUGGGAACUCAGACUCGGCUGAACUUCUGGGGAGGCACUGUAGCAACAUUGCUCCCUCAGCCAUCAUCUCCACCGGCCCCGUCGUUCACAUCAAGUUUGUCUCCGAUUACGCUCACCAGGGUGCCGGGUUCUCACUGCGUUAUGAGAUCCACAAGACUGGUUCAGAACACUGUUUCCGGAAUUUCACUGCACCGUCCGGCGUGAUCGAGUCACCCGACUUCCCCGACAAGUACCCUCACAACCUGGAAUGCUCCUACAUCAUCAUCGCCCCUCCACAGACAGAGGUUACCCUCACCUUCAAGACCUUUGACCUGGAGAAUGACCCCUUGCUGAUGACUGAGGCUGAGUGCAAAUACGACUGGCUGGAAGUGUGGGAUGGACUGCCCCAGGUUUCACCACUGAUUGGCCGAUAUUGCGGCAUGAAGAUCCCGCCAGAGAUCGUGUCCUCCACGGGUCUCCUGUCUCUCUCCUUUCACACAGACAUGGCAGUGGCCAAAGAUGGCUUCUCUGCACGCUACAACAUGACUCGCAAAGACGUUACUGACAGCUUCCACUGCAACACUGUGUUUGGCAUGGAGUCAGGAAAGAUCUCAGAUGAGCAGAUUUCUGCUUCGUCCUCGUUCUAUGAUGGCCGCUGGCUUCCUCGCAUGGCCCGUCUCAACAACGAGGACAACGCCUGGACACCUGCAGAGGACAGCAACAAGGAGUACAUUCAGGUGGACCUGCACUUCCUGAAGGUUCUAACGGGGAUCGCCACACAGGGCGCCAUCUCGAAGGAGACGCAGAAGUCGUACUACGUCACCACCUUCAAGCUGGAGGUCAGCACAAACGGAGAGGACUGGAUGAUGUAUCGCCAUGGCAAGAACCACAAGAUAUUCCAUGCUAACACAGAUCCAUCGGAAGUGGUGCUGAACCGCAUUCCUCAGCCCACCCUGGCCCGGUUCGUCCGCAUCAGACCCCAGACGUGGAAGAAUGGCAUCGCUCUGCGCUUCGAGCUCUAUGGCUGCCAGAUCACAGACGCUCCGUGCUCCGAGCUCCAGGGCCUGCUCUCCGGCCAGCUUCCGGACUCGCAGAUCUCAGCGUCCUCGUUUCGAGAUCUCCACUGGGCCCCGAGCACGGCGCGCCUGGUGGCUAGCAGGUCCGGCUGGUUCCCCGCCUCGCCGCAGCCGCUCGCCGGAGAGGAGUGGCUCCAAGUGGACCUGGGGACGGCCAAGACGGUGAGCGGUCUCAUCACUCAGGGAGCGAGAGGCGGAGACGGAGGGACGAGCUCGGAAAACCGCGCCUUCGUACGGAAGUACCGCCUGGCCCACAGCGCGAACGGAAAAGACUGGAAUUUUGUGAUGGACAGCAAGACCAGCAUGCCUAAGAUUUUUGAAGGCAACGUGCAUUUCGACAUGCCGGAGCUGCGGCGAUUCGAGGAGAUCGUGACUCGGUUUGUCAGGAUUUACCCUGAACGCUGGUCUCCCGGCGGCAUCGGCAUGAGGAUAGAGGUUCUGGGAUGCAGCCUUCCAGAAACUUCCACGGUUACCGUGCCAACUUCCACGGUCAUGCGUUCUUCCCCUGCGGAAAGCAGCACGGCUCAUAAACUCAGCUUCCCAACCUCAAGCAUAUCUCCCCCCUCUUCCAUGGUCCUGUGCGAUUUUGAGCAAGGUUUGUGCGGAUGGACUCAUGACCCCAACUCUGACAUCAUCUGGGCUUUGCACACCUCCAGCAGAAUCACCGCCCAAGGCCAAAGUCAGGACCUCUCUUUAGGCUCCAACAGUCUGGGAAACUACCUAUACAUCGAAGCGAGUCCCAAGACACAGGGAAAGAAAGCCAGGCUCUUCAGCCCAGAGGUGGGUCCUGACACAGGGCCUCUGUGCUUGAAGUUCUCCUAUCAGCUAGAGAAUGAAGGAACCCUGCGGGUCCUACUGCGCAACCCGCUUCAAGAGGAAACCCUUCUCUGGGCUCUCCAUGGCAGCCAGGGUUCCAUGUGGAAGGAGGGACGCACUAUCGUACCUCGAUCCCCUAAGGAAUUCCAGGUGGUCAUUGAAGGCAUCUUUGAAAAGGCAACCACAGGCCACAUCUGGAUUGAUAACAUCCAUAUGAGCUCCAGCACGCCACUGGAGGAAUGUACACAACCUAUUGAUGCCUUUCCCCCAGAUAUGACUGGGGGAGCCCUACCAGGCAGGAGUGAGCCAACAGUAGAUACCCUGUCAGUGCCACCUAUUUCCCCCAACUGGUAUUACUUCAUGGCUGGUGGAGGCGCCAUCUUGUUCCUGGUCAUUGCCGUUGUCAUGGCCAUUGGCUGUCGCCGCCUAACAGCCAAGAGGAGCCGACCCACCAUGGCCUACUAUAGUCCCCACAGUGCUUACUACCCAAAUGGUGCCAUGCCCAGAGCAGGGGGGGGUCCUAAGUUGACUGUUUGGGUCGAGAAGGGGGAUGGAAACUCCUACUGGUGAGGGGACCCGGUGUGAUAAAUGUUGACCUACAUUGCUGACAGAAGGUCAGAGGAAAAGAACUCAGAAGAGCACUGAAAAGUUGGUCUAGUGUAAGGGAUGCCUCAAACAAGAACCUUUUUUUCACCUCGCUACCAACUGCUUGGGAACUGCGCAACUGAAGAUUGGACAGGAACCAGCAUCUGCUCUAAACCUGUUGGUUUUCUUUGUGUUUUUUUUUUUUUUCGAUGCACCUUCACUUGCUGGAUGUGGUGAGACACUGAGAGUCUGUUUACUGCAGAAUACCAGCCAGUGGUUGUCUGGAAGAGCACCAUAUUGGAAAACCUUCCAGUACGGGCUUAACUGUGAUGUGACCAGGUUGAAAGCUGCUUGUGCCUGUGCCUGUGCCUGGUGGUAGCUCCUGAACUACCAAACCGUCAGAGACUAAGUGGACAUGGUGUCCAAGCCAGUGACCUUAAUCAUAGAUCCAAGACUGGCAUGAUGCCUUACUAAUAUUUCAGAUGGGGAUUGGUUCCAGCUGCUCCCAAAUCAGGGCUAGAUGAUGGAAUGGAUUACGAGAUCAGGACUGAAGGACAGUCUUUAUGUUUUUGCAGCUCUAGAUGACGAUAAUAAUAAUAAUAAUGUAUAUCUAAAUGUGGUGUCAACUUGUGUGGUUUACAAAAUGGAAUGAAUCUUGGGUAAAUUUACAGCUGUCAAAAUGUUUGCACUUUGAAUAGAUCCUGGUAGUAUUUGUGAGGUGGUCUGGGAACAACCAUCGGAUGACGCUGUGGCUAAAUUCGGGCAAAUUGAAAAAAAAAAGGAUGAAAAAUUUGGGUUUUGGCUAAAAGUGAGUUUUUCUGCCUGUAUUAUACUUGACAUACCAUAAAUAUAUUGCACUUGAAAUACCUGAAAAUGGCUUUACUUACAUUUUAUUCUUGCCUUGACAUCUUCCUGGAAAGAUCAUGGGUAAGGAGUCGGGUGGUAAAAGACGGUGGUAAAAACAGUCAACAUUGUGAAAAGGUAUCCAAAACCUCUCUAGCAAAGUGCAAUUUCCUCACACAGUUAACAUCAAACUUUGCAUAGCUAUGUGCCAUAGUGAACUGUAGCUGAAUUGAUUCAAUUUCAGAUACCGGCUGUCAAAUUUCCCACGAUGCUCCUACGCCACAGUUGAAAGAGAACACUUAAAUGUAAUUUUCUCCAUUUUUAGACUUUAAAGUGCUAGAAGCAAGAGAGAGAGAGAGAUUUCAGCUAAUAUAUGUAGUUUUUGACCACAAUAUAAUAGAACAGAAAGAAGGGGUUUCCCAGGCCGCCACACAAUUUACGAUGUCUCUGUUUACUAUUUAGCCAAAAAAAGACAGUCAGUGGACCAUUUCUAAUGAGUGUGUUGAGGCUGGGCAAUGGGGUAUAAUACAAUUGAGCAUGCAUGUGUACAAUUUUGUAUAUUUUUACAGGCUCAGGUUCAGUGAUUAGCUUGAUUUUAAAGAGAGACAGUCCAGGAAGAACCCUCCAGAACAACAAAUCACAUUUCACAUAUUUUAGGUCACAUUAAAGCUAGCAUCAAAAAGGUUCAUAUUCAGAGAGUAAAAUUGGAAGAGAGAGAGAGAACAUUUUCAUUGCCAUAUUUCUCCAUCCGAAGACAGGGCUACUAGCUUUCUGCAUUUCUGCAUGCCUGUUCCUCAUAUUUCACAGCAGAAAUCCUCCCAAAUAUUGCGUAGGCCCAUCGGUUCCAAGCCAGAAGUGAGGAGGCGUGCAUUAUUCCAACCAAACGGCUGUCACUGUUUUAUUCCCUGCAACAAGCCACAUAAACAACACCAGCUGCUUCCCUUCACAGCCUUGUCUUAAUGAGGACCGAGAGAGAGAGAGAGAGAGAGAGAGAGAGAGAGAGAGAGAGAGAGAGAGAGAGUGUAACGGUGAAGGAGCGAGCUCCAUGCACUCCCAACAGCUGGUAGACAUUUUGUUAUGCCACAGGCCUUGGAGACUUCCAGAACAAUGAAGAGCAUGCAGCACCUCCACGUGGUUCACUAGUUUUCGGAAUGAAUUUCAGAAAUCCUUUUUUUUUUUUUUUUGGUUAGUGAGCACUGGUGUUGAAAAUUAGAUGAAGAGAUCAAGGGAGACUUCCAUUAAUGCUUGUUCUACUUGUUCCCUAGUACCCAGUGUAUUUCCUAGUUUCCUUGCUUGAUAGUUCUGAGUGUUUCCUGGUUUGAAGUGUGUUUCCUAGUUUCCUCAUUUGCUAGUUUUGAUUAUUUUUGAGUGUGUUUCCAAGUUUCACUAGUUCUGAGUGUUUCCUAGCUCCUUUGUUCUAUAGUUUCAAGUGUUUCCUAGUUUCCUUGUUCUACAAGUUCUUGUGUUUCCUAGUUCCCUUUUUCCCUAGAUUUGAGUGUAUUUCCUAGUUUCCUUGUUCCCUACUUUCGAGUGUCUUCCCUAGCUCUCUUGCUCCAGAGUUCCAAAUGUUUGCUAGUUACCUUGUUGUUCACUAUUUUAAAGUGCAUUUCCUAGUUUCCUUGUUCAAGUUGUACCGUGUUCUCUAGUUCCCAAUGUGUUUCUUAGUUUCCUAGUUCUGUGGUUUGAAUGUGUUCCCUAGCUUCCUUGCUGUAGUUCCGAGCAUGUUUCCUAGCUCCUUUCUUCCUCACUUUAGAGUGCAUUUCCUAGUUUAUUUAUUUCCUCAUUCACUAGUUAAGAGUGUUUCCUUGUUCCCAGUGUCUUUCCUAGUUCUGAGUGAUUCUCCUACUUUCCUAGUUUCCCAAAUGCCUUUCAUAGUUUCCUUUUUGCCUAGUUUUGAGUAUCUUUUCCUAGUUUUGAGUGGUUUUUCCUAGUUUCUGCAAGUUGCAGUAUAUUUCCUAGUUCCCAGUGUCCCCUGACUCUGUGUUCUCUAGUUCCUGCUGUUCUAGUUUCCUAUGCACUGUUUGGGGUGCUUUGGAUGAAAUUUAGCACACCGAUUCGCCAUAGUUAUGCACAACGGUUGAUUAUCCUUCACUUCAUUUCUCUCAUGCUGCUACUCAAAGUCCGGUAUUCAAUAUGGCUUACACGGUUACGCUCACUGUUGUAACAGGAAGUAGAAAGCGAUGAUCCAGUCUCAAUAAUAAUGGUGGUAUGGUUAUGAAUGACACAAAUAUGUAGCUAAUCCAGAGGUAGGACUUUAGUUGUGUAUGGUUUUACCUUGUAUUUCUAGAUUAUAGAGCGUAUUAAUUAGCGUUGUUUGGAGGAGGGUUGGCGGCAGUAAAGAGAAAACUUUUGUCAGCUAUUCAUUGCUAUUUCCAUCACAUAGAUAAGUGGUAAGAGAAGUAUUGGCAUUGGCUUGCAAUGUGCUUUUAAAUUAAUCUCGCCAUACAUUCUUUCAAGCGCUUAAUAUUUUUAAUUAGUUAAUGGAACCGAUAGCAUUCAUUACAGCUGCUGGAAGUUUUCCUCCUUCGUGUCCCUGGAGAACACGGUAAUGAGUGAACACUUUCUCCAGAGACUUAUCGUCCAGAGAGACUGGAUGCCAAAAUCUUUUUAACCCCCCACCCCCCCAGAUGUCUGCAUUUUUUUUUGCACCCCUUCUAAAAAUAAAACUAUUUGUGACUAAAUUAUACUCUUCUUUGGAGAUGGGCAUCUCAGGGCUUGUAGAACAGGCGGACAGUCGUUGUCUUCUCAGAGUUGUUGUUAUCUCGUCCGUGUAGAACAGAUUGCUCACAACAGAGCCAGUCAGCUCGCCACCUUCACAUCCACAGCACGCAGGCUUUCACAUCAAUUUCUCAGCCUUGUUUGGUUUGGACCCAGCAGGCCUCAGUUCAAACGCUUUCUCAACAAAGGCGGUAUUGUCCCGAUAAAGCACCUAACGAUGCUUGCCGUUCUGGCCGUUUUUAUCACCCCACACAGUUUAUGUAGGUGGUUCUGAUAAGACUGUACUUAUGUUUAAAAGGAUGAUGAUGAUGAUGAAGGCAAUGCACUUUCCUGUAUGAAUGUGGCGCUAUACCUCAAUCUUAAAAUGAGUGUGCUGUUUGGAAAAAAAACAAAACAAAAAAAAAUGAACGGAAUAUUUUUUGCUUGAUGAAUUGGAAAUGCCCUUUUAAAAGUAUGGUAAUAAAAUCUUAUUUUUCUAACCAGGCGCUUCCUUUUCUCCUUAAUAAUGUCUUAUUAAUUACACAUAGUAACCUGUAAUUAACUUUGCCAUCUUCGUGUUUCUGUAACAACACCUAAUUUUCAUAAUCAUUGAUAAUGACUUUUACAGACUGGGCUUUGGGCAAUUUCGUAUUUCAAUUAAUCCUUUCUCCUC